AUGUGUGCUCUCAGCAUCUACCGGACUCCAAUGCAUUCGGAGCUGGGAUGGUACAGUGCGGCGGUGGUGAUAUGUGUGGUCUCUAUGGCUGCGUGGUAUACUCCUGGCGGAAGCAAGGUCGCAGAGUGGGUGUGGAAUGGAGUCGAAGUCUACUGUGAGAUGCUAGCGGUGCUCACGGAGUCAGUGGCGACGGUGUUUACGUUCAGCGGCACCGGCAGUCAUACCAUCCCAGGCGCAUACCCUCUGGAUGCCCAAGUCGAAGAGUGGGUGGACAUCAAAGCACACAUAUCUCAAAGUGCAAAUAUCUUUCUUACCGAUGACAAUAACACAAUUCCAGGCGCCAGCAGCAGGCCACAAUCUCGUUAUCAACACGCCAAGCAAACCAAUUACACCAUCCCUACUGGCCGGCAUGUCCGACUCCCAAAUGGGAGCUUGGAUAGACCCAAGGCCCCAGCUAACAAUAAGACCACCCAAGUAGAUCGAACUUCAAUUACUACCGUCAGUCUCAUUUCGGCAUCUCGCUCCAGCAGUAAAUCGCAUCGGGUUCGCAAGUACGCCAAGAUGCAGACUCUUAAGCUUCCUGGAAAGCCACCUCGACCUAUCCAUCCGCCCACCGAAAAUGAGCUAUUGAUUCAGCAAGCUAAAGAAGAAGUAACUAUUGAAAUAUUUCAACGCGACAAGUAUUGCGUAAGAGAGCUAGCCGGCAGCGGCAUAUUCGUUCAUACACCUACAACCAGAACCAGGAACGAGCCAGGAGUCUUGCAGUACUGUCAUACAGUGCAUCAAGCCCGGCGAGAAACUGCGAUCGGGCCUAUGAGUGGAUUGAGGAAAAAUAGACAAAUGGAAAUCCCGACCAUCAAAAUUAGCGAACCGAGCGAUACCUCUGCAGACUUUACUGAGAAUGAAUCCGGUAGCCCCUACAUCCCACCCAAAGUACUUUUUAAAGCAAUACCUAAAUCAUCAUCACCCCCAGUCUUCAUAUCUACGUCAACCUCUAUCCCUGACACUUACGACAAACCGGUCCUAUACCACACACCCUUCAACAAAUCUACUCCAAGACGUAACACCAAGGAUGAGGAUACAACACGAGUCCAGCAAGGCCAGUACUCAGCAAAAAACAGAGCAAGUAUGUCUGAGUGGCUCGCAACUAUUAGUGCCGGUAGCAACCCCCUAGUGGCUGAGCAUGUGGCGAAGAAAGCCGGGCCGAUGCUCCGCGCGUCACUAAUCCUCUCACCUCCCUUCGCCCUUCCCCCCUCUCCUACCUAUUCGACUUCAUCUUCUGACUCAUCUGGACCUGGUACUCCAAUCGAUGGCUUUUCUCUUUCGCCAAACGUACUUGAGAAGUCUCAGGUUAUGGAAGGGCCUGGCGACCGCCGAUGGCGUGCGAGGUGCAACUACCUUGGAGACGGGUAUGAUAUCGUAGUCGCGCCUGUCAUUCCCGAGGAGUUGCACACCGAUGAGAUUGGGGUUGCUUGUUGA